AUGCCGAAAAGGAAAAAUUCUGCAGCUUCAAACGCUACAAAAAAGCGCCGAAUCGAUACGGUAGAAAGCAAUGAAAAAGAAAAUUAUGUUGAAGCGGUGUUCAUUCCUAACCCAGAUGACUCCAGUGAAUCUGAUGCCGGUCAUUCUGAAAAUGAACUGAGUUCUGAAGAAGAUAUGGACAUAGAUUACGAUGAGAUUCCUGUCCAAUCCUACGAAAAAGUAUCAGAAAAUUAUUCUGCAAAGCAAAAAAAGUUAGAAGAUGGACAUGUAUAUAAAUGGGUUGAUGAAGAGAUGAAAUAUAAUGAAAAUUUACGUAUCAUCAUAUUCACUAUGUUUAACAAAAGACUAUCACAAAGAUAUUACUGGUCUACGGAUCCUUUGCUAAGAUCUGAACCAGUGGCUAAAGCUAUGGGUCGACAGGAAUUUGAAAAAAUAAAAUCCCAAAUAAAGUUUCAUAAACUAGCUGACGAAGAUCCUGGUGAUAAAGCAUGGCGCGUACGCCAGCUUCUAAAUAUUUUCAACAAAAAUAUCAAACAGUUUGGUUACUUUUGCACAGCUCUUUGCGUUGAUGAGAUGAUGAUAAAAUUCUAUGGGAAAAUUUGUUUCAAGCAGUUUAUUCAAGCUAAACCAAUACGAUUUGGUAUCAAAGAAUGGGCAUUAUGCGGCUCAAAUGGGUAUCUGUUUCACUUUGACAUUUACUGCGGAAAAAAUGCCAAAGAAGAAUUUUUACCCAAAAUUGCUCAAGGUAGCCGCGUUGUAUUGCAGAUGCUUCGAGAUUUUUUCCUAAAUACUUCUCCACGAAAUAGACGUCAAUAUCAUGUCUACUUCGACAACUUAUUUUGCUGUCCUGAUCUACUCGUGCACUUGAAAAAUCAAUAUUUGCGAGCGACUGGCAUAGUUAGGAAAGAUAGAAUUCAAGAGUCUCAUCAAAUCGACGCAAAAGCUCCAAGAGGUACGACCAAAGCAAAACACGUUCAAAAUAGUGGUAUGAACUUCAUUACCGUUGUCGAUUCGAAACCAGUUUCGCUUCUGUCUACAGCUGCUGGCAUUACACCAACUUCAAAU